AUGCUUGAGGAUACUGGUGAAAAUUUUGAUCACACUGGGCAAGAUGAAUUCGAGGACAAUAGGAUGAUACCAUGGUCAAAGAAAGUUAACUUACCACAAACAACAUAUAGAGCAACAUUAGUUGGGUUAUUUAUUGGAUCUAUAGUCUUAAUUUCUAAUUUCCAAUUUGGCUUACAAACUGGCUGGGUUUCUAUGAUGUCCUUACCUUCCGCACUAUUGGGGUUUGCUAUUUUCAAGAUGUCUCCAUAUUCUAGAACAUUCACGGACACAGAAAAUGUUUUCGUCCAAAGUGUUGCUGUUGCAGUAGGGACAGGACCCCUAGCAUAUGGAUUAAUAGGAAUUAUACCUGCGAUUGAAAAGUUCUUAACAGAAGAAGAAUCGGGAUUGGGAAUCAAGUUGCAAUUAUCUUUAUCACAAUUAAUGAUAUGGUCUACAGGCUUAGCAUUGUUUGGUGUUUUUUUUGCUGUUCCUUUAAGAAAGCAAGUUAUAAUAAACGAAAAAUUACCAUUCCCAUCAGGAAGUGCUACUGCGACUUUGAUAUCAGUAUUGCAUGGAACGGAAGUGUACAAUGAAGAUAAGAUACUUAUGGAGAACGAAGCUAUUGAUAAUUCUAAACAAGUUGACGCACCCGAAGCUCUUGUAAACUCCUCGGGAAAUAUUAUGAAUACUGUGACGACAUCUGAUGAACUAAAGAAAUUGAUUGACGAGGAAUCUUAUAAAUCGAACGUCAAUUCCCUAUUAUACACAUUUUCAGUAUCAGCAAUAUAUACAUUGCUAACAUAUUUCGUUCCUAUAUUGAGAAACUUGCCAAUAUUUGGUUCAUAUCUUUCUAAGAAUUAUAAAUGGAAUUUCCAACCGUCGCCUGCAUACAUUGGACAGGGCAUUAUAAUGGGGUUACCAACUGUUUCCUACAUGCUAUUUGGUGCUAUACUAGGAUGGGCUAUAUUAGCACCUCUUGCUAAAUAUAAAGGAUGGGCACCUGGCGAAAUUGACAACUGGGUCAGUGGAGGUCAAGGAUGGAUCUUAUGGAUCAGUUUAAGCGUCAUGAUAAGCGAUUCAGUAGUUUCAUUUAUGGUAGUUACCUGUAAAUCGUUGUCCAGUGGAAUAUCUAGUGCAAGGGAGUUUAACAGAAGAAGAAAUCUUCAUUAUGAAGGAAAUGUUGAAAUGCAGCAGUCAUUAUUGGAGAAUGAACAAUCAGAGCUGGAGUCUUAUGAAACGGGGAGCGAUGAUUACAUGUCAGAAUCCAGAAUAUCACCUUUGAACAUACCCGAGGAGAUUGACGUGGAUCCGCAGCACCUAGUUAGUUCAAAGAUAACCUUACUCGGUAUAAUAAUUUCUUCUGUCGUUUGUAUUGUUGCUGUCAGAUUAGUAUUUGGUUCUAUUAUUCCAUAUUACGCUACAAUAGUUGCAAUAAUUUUGGCACUUUUUCUCUCUGUUAUGGGCGUAAGAGCCCUCGGCGAAACUGACUUAAACCCAGUCAGUGGUAUUGGCAAGCUUUCGCAAUUACUUUUCGCAUUGAUUAUUCCUUCGGAUCAUCCAUCCAAAAUUUUGAUCAAUUUGGUUGCAGGUGGGAUUGCUGAAGCAGGAGCACAACAAGCGGGAGAUUUAAUGCAAGAUUUGAAAACUGGUCAUUUAAUAGGAGCUUCACCUAAAGCCCAGUUUAUUGCUCAGUUAAUAGGAACGGUAUAUUCUGUAUUUUUGAGCAGUGUGAUGUAUAAGGUGUAUAACAAGGUUUAUCAAAUACCGAGUGAUUUAUUCAGAGUUCCAACGGCUGUUAUCUGGAUUGAUUGCUCGAGAUUAGUCACUGGUGAUGGUUUGCCUCCAAAAGCAUUUGAAUUUUCUAUUUUUUUUGGGCUUAUUUUUGCAGUUAUUUCUUUGGCUAAGAAUAUUAUGCCAAGUACUUCAAAGCUUUACAAAUAUUUAGUUUACCUACCCAAUGGAGUGGCAGUUGGUAUUGGAAUUUAUAAUACACCUAACUUUACAAUUGCAAGAUUUAUUGGCGGUGUGCUAGCAUACUGGUGGAUUAAUCACAAGCCUCAGUCACAAAGUGGUUCCGAUAACAAGAUUGGGAUGAUAAUAUUUAGUAGUGGUUUGGUUUUAGGAGAGGGCCUUUUGAGUGGAUUUACUAUGAUAUUGACAAGCCUAGGUGUUCAUCAUUUUUAG